GGAAAUGGUUGGAAGAAAGUUAGGGGUGGCCAAACCAAAACGUGGCAUCAGUGCUUGAAGUCACUAACUUCUAGUCUGAGCCAUGUUGGUAGAUGCAGACUACUUGGUUGGGGUCCGCGUGACUAUCGUAACCAAUGGUUGGAGACUCUUGGUGACAUGGCUCAGAAUCGAUCACAAUGGCGUCGGUGUAUACACUCCCUGUCUUUCCUUAAACUAAGAGAUUAAAAUUGCUUCAUAUCUUUCUUUCUACGAACCAAUUCUUUCUUCUUGUAAUAUAUCUCUAUAUGCAACCUUUCUCUUACAUAUUACUACCUUUGACCUAACCACUGCUAUGAAUCCGGUGUUCAUCUUGUUGUGCUGAUGCGGUAUGGCAACCUGGACCGAUGCACAUAUGUGCCUGGUCCUACGUUGUAGCUGACUGACUGACUGACCAAUCUUUAUCAAUUGAAUAGCCUCUAUCAGAAGGGGUUUGUGGAGAUUUUAGAAAUUUCACAGAUUGAAAUCAUGAGUCAGUUAAAGCUAGACCACCAUGGAAAACCUGGAAGCACUGGACGGCGGUUUCGUUCUAGUAUGGGACUCCUCAGCAGUGCGCAUCCACGACCCCGCACCCUGCAAGAUUCGAACCCAGGACCUAUCAGUCUCACGCCAGGCGCUUAACCAACUAGACCACUGAGCCGGCAUCCAAUGGUGAUAAUGUCUAACUUCAACCAAUCCACGAAGUUGCGCCACUGUAUACCAUUGUCCUCAGUGAUUUGAUAUCUCAACAGACCUGGUUGAACUCCACUGAUAACGACUUCCCACUAGAACUCCAGGAGUAUCUCUUGAGGUCAGUCACUAAUGAGCAGAUGAUUAUUAACAGAAGGGGUUUGUGGAGAUUUUAGAAAUUUCACAGAUUGAAAUCAUGAGUCAGUUGAAGCUAGACCACUAUGAAUAGCCUCUACUUGUGACAUAUGUAUAUAUGGUUAUUUAAGAUGACAAGAUUUAGUAGUUAAAGAUUUUGAGGGAUAUUCAUGCAAAUAUUUUUAAUCUUUACUUCCUUCAGCUUACCACUGCAUUUAUCUCGUCUCUAUUUUUUUGUGUUUUUGGAUGAUUUCUUUCUGUUAGUAAUACAAAGUAUGCUAGCCAACCGACACACUUUUAUACCAUAUCCCUGUUCCUUUUUAUUGUCUUCAGAUGCGUAUUAAUUAUCACCUAUUUUAACAUUUUACAUCCAUGUAAGUCUAUCUUAACAAUGCAAUAUCCCAUGCAUAAUUGACAGCUUUACAAUGAGCGCUAUGCGUAUUCUCUUGCGAUUAGUCACAUAACCUGAAAAUUAAGAUGAUGUAAAAGCUUUACUAUCUUCAGUCAGUUUACUGCAUAUGUACAAACCAAGAUAAGAUCGAUACGUCUUUUAACAUAACUUUACAGUUGGGAGUUACUGGCACUUGUAACACGAAACGCUCAUCACUGUUCAAGCACCGAAAAUAAACCUUUUAGACGUCUUUGGUAAUCAUUAAAAUGUUUGGUCCCCAAGUAGGUGAACGAAAUAUAGUCGUAUGGUGUCUUUAACCGAAUCAGGUUUAGAUGUCGUUCUUUUCUCAAGAUCCCAUGUCCAUUAUUGGUUUAGAAUUAAUUUUCUAAAAUAGACUAUACAUAUUCGCUACCUUUGCUUACGCAUCAAAGUAUUUUAUUUAGUUAUGGACGUGUACUCAUUACUUCGUACAUUUGUAAUGGAUAGCUCGUACAGGUGCAACUGAUGAGAUUUCACGUUGUUUGCAUCUCUAUAAGUCACCAGGGUUGAUACUCUCAUCAACGAUUCGAAACUGUCCCAAUUCCAUUUUCCAACUCUGCUUAUGUUAUAUGUUAUCACUUAGUCUUACACAAUGAAAUCAAUACAACUGUACGUAGUCAAUUAUUAUGUUUUACUUUUUAAGUGAAUUCAUACGAAAUCUGAAACGUAAUCUUGUAUUUGUUUUAUUAACCUAUAGUAAUUAACAUUUGUUUAGUUCUACCGUAAUUAUGACUUCGUUUUCUUUGUAUUAAAUGACAGGGUCUGUUUAGAACAUACUGACAAUGAGUGUCCAAAGUUAUGACAGAAAACUUACAUGUUCUUCUUUAAAGCGAAAUAUUCAAUUGUUGGAAAGGGCUUCAGGGUGCUUUACAUGUUCUAUGUGCUCACAAAACAAGGGACUGAAUGAUGGCCAUUUAAAUUAUCUAUCAAAUGUAUCUCAUAAACCUGACUCAAGUACUUCUGAUCCCGAAGUUUUUGUUUCACAUUUAACGAAGUAUCAUUCAAAUACUGAAAACCAUCUAUGCCUUUACUGUGACUCCAUUGUUCAUCGAAAUUAUUUGAUGAUUCACAUUUCCCAGCACUUACUAACUCCUUCCUCUUCAAAAUCUCCGAGAAUCUUUUCUUGUCCAUCUAAACCUCAGUGUUCUCAUGAAUUUAGUACUGAUCGUUUUCAACAUAUGCAGAUUCACUGGGACACUCAACAUAAUAGUUCAUCUGAGACCCCCAAAUUGCAAUGCAGUCAAUGCAUGAAUACAUUUUCUACAUUGUUGGAAUGGGGAGAACAUAUUAAAUUAAAUCUAUGCUCACUUGUACACUGCACUUUCCCUGGUUGCUUUGUGAAAUCGCCAUCUAGAACACUUAUCUUGGAUCACUUUCGACGAAAGCAUACUGAUUUCCUUGAUCUCAAAGAAGAAAAUUCGUUCCAAUUAUUUCGCGAAACUUCGGAGUUAAUUUGUAACCAUCUUGUUACAACUGUCGCUAAGUUAGAUAAUGCAUCACAAUAUGAUUGCACUUCCUCAUUGACUGUAGUUGAUCAGGCCUCUAUUGUUAACAAGAUAUUUUCAGAUACGUCCUCUCCAUUCGUCUUUCUACUUCGUUGUCCUUAUUGUGAUCUUACAACUAUUCGGUGGAUUUAUUUUCUGAUGCAUCCUGCUUCCUGUACAGGUAUAAGGGCAUAUUUCCGUAAUCGCCGCCAAGAAUCUGAGAAAGUACUGCCUCUAGUUUAUCGCUGCCAUAUUUACUGGUGUUCAAAAUGUCAGGUGGUAUCUACAGAGCAGAAGUUAAUUGCGGAGCAUGUUACUUAUUCUCAUAAUCCCAAGGUAGGUUAUUUUGCUUUGUCUGUUACCAUAUACUUACCGAUAUGUUGCUUUAAGAACAACAAUUUUCUUCAUUCAUAUUAACUGUUAUUAGAUACACAUGCAAUCAGUCAAUCACUUCACAGUUACAGAACCUUUACGUGUACAGCGUCAGGAUACUUUCAAUUGGUUUUUAUUCCUAUCAGAGGUCAAUGAAUCAUUUGACACGUAAUUUAUAUGGUUUUCGGAUUAUGAACAAAUCGUUUUCGAUUCCAGUCAGAGAAGAUAAAUUUGGAUUACCAGGAUCGUAACAGGAGCUUCCUAUUCUUAUGUAUACACUUUACUCCGGAACUGUGACUUAUCAAACUAUUUAUUCUUAGGUGCUGAAUAAAAUCUGUUUAAUUUUUAGGUUUUAUUUUAUAAGGUGUAUUGGUGCACUAAACGAUGGUAUACAGCAUAAAUACUGUCCCUGAUCAGUUCCAUUACAUUACAUUGUUCAAAUUCUCAAGUCAUUCAAGUAGAUAACUCACCUUCAUGUUCAAACAGUUUAAUAUAGUUUUUAAGAAUUUUGAUAAAUCAAUUUUCUAGUUGAGUUCAUAAGUCAAUUAAGGCUAAACCACCAUGGAAAACCUUGAUGUACUGGACGGCUGUUCCGUCCGUCCCCAUGACCGAAGGUCCUGGGUCCGAAUCUCGCGAGCGGGAUCGUGGAUGUGCAUUGCUGAAGUCCUAUACUAGGACGAGACGGAUAUCCGGUGCUUCCAGGUUUUCCAUGGUGGUCUAGCUUUGAUUGACUCAUGUACCCAACUAUUAAAUUACUACAAUUUCCACAAAAACCCCCUUUUGAUAAAAAUCAAUUUUUCUCACUUCAGAAUCAUUAAAUUUGAUGGUAGCUGCAUCUAUUCCUUAAUAACUUCCUCGUUUAAUUCCCUUAUAACAAGGGGUACUUUCUGAUGUCAUGUAUAUGAUUCCUUAAAAAUCAAUCCUGCUAGCGAUAAAGGUUUAUUGCCUUUAUUGACCCGAUAACUGUAGCUACAACUAAAUAUAUUGGAAAAAGAGACUACUUCUAAGACAUCGCUGGUUUAAUAACUCUCAUGCCUUUUAAUUAUCUGUUCCUAACAUGAGCUCGUAAAUACACAUGAGGACUCAAACUCCAUUUCAAGUAUUAUUGUAUGCUAAAUGAUUAGCUGGUAGGAAGCCCUCAGAUGCCCUGGUAUGGCCGAGAGUGGGGUGGGCCCGCCCUCCCUUCCUCUCGAAAUGCUCUCACACGGCCACGCGUAUACAGCCUCUGCCAGGGAAGUCCUACUCACUGCCUUCUCGUGGCGGGGGUGUUGUUUACAAAAAUGAGAGGACGAAAAGCGAAUGUCCGGCGCUUUAACCGGAUCCCAAACCAAUGGUCCACAUGGGCUCCAUUAUCCUGCGGGAACAAAUGGCGUAUGAACCAAUUGUUGGUCACCGCCUACCCUGGGACUGCAUCUCCUCACGAUGCUCCACUGCCUUGUGGGUUAGACCAUUAGGUCAAAGGCUCGGGGUGUGGCCCCCCCAGAAAACCAUCUGCUUCGGUCUCGGCACCCGGGCAGUAUCAUAGCCCACACACACACAAAUAUGGUGUGGCGCAUAUAUAUUUGGUGCGCUCUUCUACCAAUAUUUAUGUGUUGAAAUAAUAAUAAUAAUAGCUGGUAGGAAAGUUUCCCUUUCCAGUCGGUAAAUAAUGUCAUACAUCCGUGUUUAUAGAAAUUUCAUAUAUAUACCCAUUUUUAUACUUGCUUAUUGAAACUGUUAGAAGUUAAAGUGUAACUGCUGGUAAAUUAUCACUUGUUGAGUAAACACGAUAGACUGUUUAGAUAUACGACCGAAUUUCUUUCUACGGACUAGUAAUUUGAUUGUACAAACUCAUAUAGUUUCAAUAUUUUCCUAGAUCUCCAACUUUCAUAAUCCGCAUCAAGUUUAGACCUAGUUUCGUCCUUUUUUAUAAUAGCUUUUAAAUGAAACAUUAGUGGAUGUUUAAAUUCUCAAGUUGAUAUUCAAGACUGAAUAUUGAUCAGUCUCCAUCGGCAUAUGUACAUCUCAUGGUGAUUGCAUCGAUAUGUCCAUUUUGUCACACAAUUUUUAGAAUAAAUGGAUUGUUUGUAUUAGUGGAAUCCAAAACACAUGUUCAAUCAUAUUUGGGACUCGUCAGCCAUAUCGAAGCAGCCCACAUGGGAUGUACACAUGCCAGCAAGACUGAUCAAAAUUCAGACCUGAAUGUUAAAGACGGAACAAUUCAGUCCAUUACUAAUAAUAAUGUAAUCCUCGCGCUCACUAAGCAAGUUAUUGGUUAUUUGGACUCAGUAACUCUGUAGAUUCGUUCGAAGUAAAGACCGGUGUCAGGCAAGGUUGCUUACUCUCACCCUUUCUCUUUCUCUUGACGAUCGACUGGAUCAUGAAGACAUCAACAUCUGAAGGAAAGCAUGGGAUACAGUGGACAAAUAGGAUGCAGUUAGACGAUCUAGACUUCGCAGAUGAUCUGGCCCUUCUAUCCCAAACGCAACAACAAAUGUAGGAGAAAACGACCAGUGUAGCAGCAGCCUCAGCAGCAGUAGAUCUCAAUAUACACAAAGGGAAAAGCAAGGUUCUCCGAUACAACACAGCAUGCACCAAUCCAAUCAAAAUUGACGGAGACGAUUUGGAAGAUGUAAAAUCCUUUACAUAUUUGGGCAGCAUCAUUGAUGAACAGGGUAGAUCUGAUGCAGAUGUGAAGGCGCAGAUCGGCAAAGCAAGAGCAGCAUAUUUACAACUGAGGAACAUCUGGAACUCAAAGCAACUGUCAACCAACACCAAGGUCAGAAUUUUCAAUACAAAUGUCAAGACAGUUCUACUGUAUGGGGCAGAAACCUGGAGAACUACGAAAGCCAUCAUCCAGAAAAUACAGGUGUUUAUUAACAGUUGUCUACGCAAAAUACUUCGGAUCUGUUGGCCGGACACUAUUAGCAACAACGUACUGUGGGAGAGAACAAACCAGAUCCCAGCGGAGGAAGAAGUGCUGAAAGUGGAUAGGACACACAUUGAGGAAAGCACCCAACUGCGUCACAUUGCAAACCCUCACAUGGAAUCCUCAAAGCCAAAAGAAAAGAGGAAGACCAAAGAACACAUUACACCGGGAAAUGGAAAUAGACAUGAGAAAAAUGAACAAGAAUUGGAUGGAACUAGAAAAGAAGGCGGGGGACAGAAUGGGUUGGAGAAUGCUGGUCGGCGGCCUAUGCUCCAUUAGGAGUAACAGGCGUAAGUAAGUAAGUAACUCUGUAGAUAACCCGUCGCCGUUUGAAGCUAAAAGUACUGCCUUCCAGUUGCAGUAUGAACAUCAAUACUGUGAUACAGGGGAGUCUUAGAUAAGAGCAAAUGGACAUUGUGUUGUAUCGUUCGUUACAGUGCAUCAACUGUGUCUUAGAUUACAGGUUUUUUUAUACCCAAUUAUUCUCGUCAUAUAUGAUAAUCCUUUAAAUCACCUUAAUCUCUGUUGAGAUUGGAAAUAAUGUCAGUUUUCUAGACAAAUUCCAAAGUAACUCGCAUUUCGUCGACUAAAUGCUAGCAUGUAAAAAGAUCUUUUAUUCUUUUAGGGAUUGGUCAACAAGGGGUAAUUAAUAAUUUCCUUCAUAACCUUUUAUAUUGAUCCAUUCUCUAAACGUGCCUUAAUUAUUCAUAUCUUCAGAACUGAAACUGGACAAUGGCUUCGGUAUAAAAUGAAUAAAACUUCCAACAUAUUUGGCUUUUUUAGUGAAAUAUUGUUAGUGGUUAUAGACCAAGGAUUAAAGGAUGUUAUUUAUGUUGCUUCAUCUAUAAAAAAAUCAGUUACAGUUAUAGCAAAGGUUUUUAGUCUCAUCUGCUCUAUGGUACAUACAUUACAUACUGUCUUCCUUCAGUGGUUCUCGUUAGACUAUAUUAGAGAUAGACACUACCUCUAAACAGUAAACUGCAUAUCGCUGACUUUCGGUUUUGAGUUAAUUAGUCUAUUUUUGAUAAUGGAGACGAAUAAUAUCAGUAUUUAUCAUUCAGCCUUAUCCAGUGUAAUUCUUGACAGUUAGUAAGUUUAAUUAAUUUAAUUUGUUUUUUAUACAAUAAGCUUGUUAUACAUCCUCUAGUUUUAUUUACCUUUUUGUUUAAAGGAAGCAUCAGUCUAUCGGGAACACCUACGCGUUUCUUUACUGGAUAAUGACUCUGAACCGGUUACAACUGAUUUAUCUCUCAAUACUGAACAGAAGUCGGGAUCCUCUGCAUACGCUCUUGAUUAUUUUCCUUCUUUUUCCUCAGUUCCUGAUGAUGAUGCAAAGGAAACUGAAUCACCUAUGAAUCUUGCAGCUUUGGCCCGACCUACUGCACCAACGUUAAUGAGUUUAACUAACCGAGUUCAACAAACGCCACCAAGCAAUGUUCAUACAGUCUCUAUUGAUCAGUCUUCAUCUAAUAAUAACGGUAUGAUAGUUAGUAACAGUUUAACCAGUAUUCCAGCAAGUUCACCAAUGAAUAUAAUAAAUAACGCUUCUGGAAACUUAAGUGCAUGUGAUGCAGCCUCAGCUGUUGCUGCUAUGGCUGCAGCAGCUCUUUCAGGUUUGACAAACUUCAACAUAAAUAAUGCUGUUCCGAAUUCAGUCAGUACAUUUUCAAAAUCAUUAGCUUGUGAUAUUUCAUCUCCAAUACCAAUUCAGCCUAAACCCAGCAUUCUGUCUACGGAAUCACUAGAUCCAAUUCAAGAUAGUAAAGAAGUCAACAAUAAUGAUGUAUUGGGUUCUCAGUCCAGCGACUCCUUAGACUCACUAGACAAAUUUGCUGAUGAUAACCUGUCGUCGGAUGAAAUUAUUCGUGGAUGCGAAGGUUUAGUUUCUUUUCCAUUCGAUGAAUGUAAAUUCCGCAGUGAACUACGUGUACAAUUGCAACCUCAUGUAAUAGAUUCAUUAGUUUUAAAAAUGAAGCAAUUCUCCUCUUACUUUGUCCGGAUUUUAGGGAAGGAAAAUCAUCGUCGUAUCCCGGUUUGUCCAGAAUGUGAUAAAGUGUUUCCAUACGGUCUUGGUGAUUUUAAACGACAUUUACUUACAGUGCAUCUGGAAGUCCCCAGAGAACAUUUGAAAGAUUGUUUGCGUUUUACUUAUCUGCCCAAAAGUGAGGAAAGGUUUCAGGAAGUUCAAGAACAGCUCGCUAUGCGUCAGAUGAAGCCUCGUGUCCUCGAGAUUGGGCGCCGUCGUAUUCCUUUACCAUACUCAAUACGUGUUUUACGAAGACUGACCGCCCAUCUUCCUAUUGCCACGCGAGAAUUCCUGGAGCAAAAGAUGCAGUUGUACUGUCGCCUGUCGGUUAUAGUCGAUACACGCGGAGGGUUUCGGCGGUACAAAUGCAACCAUUGUUCUUACUCAUCACCACAUGCCCUGGCUGAUGUGAGGAAGCAUAUAUUGGGGUCUCAUUGUGGUAUAUCGACUAAACAUUUUCGCCACUGUCUCCAAGCAUCCCGCCUGGAUCCUGUUGAAUUUACUUUGUUCUCUGAUGAAAAGUUAGCUCGUCUCGCUAGAGAUUUUUUACAUAGACGUCUGGUUUCAAAUAAUCCAACCAGCCCAAACGCUUCACCAAAUCCAGUAGAUGAGAAUCAUCCUAUUUCUUCUGAGAGUCCUUCUACGACUUUGGCUACAGCGUUGAAUAGUUUGUCUUGUACACAAGACUCGUAUGGCUCUAAUUUUAUUGCCGUUGUUCCGGGUUCCAAAACCAAAGUUACUGUAAGAAUUCGACCCCUGGUGCCUCCAGAUUUUCAUCCUCCUAAUUCUACGAGUCCUAUCCAAUCAACUGAUGAUCACAUCAAUGGUUCCCCUGUUACAUCUAAUAUAGAACAGUCGACAACAUCUAACUCAAGUGUGGAUUUAGCUUCACUCCCAUCUAUACCAGGAAUAGAAGGCGCUGAUAAGGUUGUUGAUCUUGCCUUGCCAUUUUCUGAACCAGUUCUUCGUCAUUUGUUGGAAUCCUCUGGUGCUCCUGAACACCAUAUAGAAGACAUAGUAUCGAAAAUGCGCGUAUAUUCAACUUACAAAAUGAGCCGAAUAUGUCGUAAUGAUCGCACUAUAGCUUUCCGCUGUCCAUGUGGGCGUCUUUUUAUCACUACUCGACAACCUGACAGUAAAAUUCGCGCCGCAACAUUGGCUGAUAGUAGGCGUCAUGUGAUGGGUGUUCAUGCUCGUAUUCCAAAUGUAUUUAUCACCAUUUGUUGCCAGGCUUCUCGUAUUACUAGGGAAUAUGAUUUUCAAAUCUAUCCUGAUGAUAUGCUUCUUCGACUAGCUAUGGACAGACCCAUUAAACUUAAUAAUCUUCCUAAUGUUGGUCCUCCUGACGUAACCACUACCAGUAUGAAUGGUCGUUCAGCACCAUCUAGCUUCGCAAAACCUUUGAAAGAAUUGGCUCCUUAUCCUUCUGUGCCUACAACAGCACUUCAGCAGUCGAUGAAUACUCACUCUGUUUCAUCUUCGCCUCGAACACAAAUCACAGAUGUUACUGAAACAGACUCAGUAAGUGAAGGGACUGAUACCGGUGCAGCAAGUGGUUCAAUUUGUCAUGAUGAUUCACUCACUAAAUAUGACAGUAAUGAAAAUGAUGAUAAAGAAGUUUCAGAUAUUGAUCCUAAAAAGAUGCAGAAAGAAGUGGAAGAUCCGCUUGCACAAUUAAAUGCUGUCCAGGCUUCUGGUGCAGAGGAAGUGGAACGUGUAAUUGAUCUUCCAUAUUCAUCCGAAGCUUUAAAAACUUUAGUACAAGGCUACUGUCCACCCAACUAUUUUCCGGUUCUUGAGGCUAAAAUGGGUGUCUACAGUUCACUAAAAGUGUACAUUACCAGACGGCGAGGUAGGAGAUAUUUCUGCUGCUCUGGUUGUUCCUCAUCUUCACCACAUGGAAUGGGUGACAUUCGAAAGCACAUACUGGGUGUGCAUGCUAAAGUACCGGAACGCUACAAAGCUGCUGCUAUGCAUUGUAGCCGCCUCAGUCGUGAAGAUAACACUCUAUUACCAAAUCAUGUUUUACUUCACUUGGCUAAAAUGAAAUGGAAAGGAACUGUGAUUAAACCACUGUCUGAAAUGGACCUCAGUCAGUUUGGAUCUCGUCGUGCAUCAGCUGUUGGUUUACCUCGCCCAUCAGGCCAGUUUGCGUCUCAGGUUUAUCAACCUACUAUCCACCGAGAAGUUGUGAGUUUUAAUCGCCCUGAACAUUUUUCUUCCAGUCCAAGCAAACAUCCAGUGAAUAAAAGUUUGUCAAAGGUAAUCGAAAUCAUGUAGUAAAUAGCAAACUGUUUUUCUUGAAAUUGUGCACUAAAGUACUUAAAUGAGAAAUGUAGUUUUUCACAGAUACAUUGAAUAUCAUUGUUAAUAAUUUGAUAACUAAGAGGUUUCGCUGUCGACCUUACAUUUUGCUUAUUUAUUUAGCCUUAUUUUGCGACAAUGACAUCUUGUGAUCGAAAUUCAAUAUAAAAUAAAAAUAAUUACAUUAUUCUUUCGUAUGAAUAAAAUAGGUUUGGAAAGUACUUGUAGGUUACAUGUGCAGGAAUAGCAAUCAUUAUUACAGAUUAUCCUGGAAAGUUACUCAUAUUUACAAGCGGAGUUGGGAAAAAAUCUAAUGAUAUUACUGAUGAGACUAUAAUGUAUAGACUACCUUUGAGCAUCGCUAAGAUGACCUUGGAAUGUCCACCUACUUACUAGGGUUAAAUGAAGGUUAUAGAAUUAGUGUGAGGAAUUAGGAUUAGGAAUUAGAUUUGAUGUUUUCUUCACGAAUUGGCAUCAGCUAUAAUACUAAAAUGAUGUUUAAACAUAUUAGUGAAUAAAUUUCGCACCAAAAUUCAAGACCUGCUAUCUUAAAUAUGAUUGGUUCGUCCAUAAGUUAUAGUUUUGCCGAUAUUACUUUUAUGAGAUUUGACUUGUAAAGUUUCACAAUGUUUAUUUUUGAAAGACACUUAACAGAAAAUAACACGUAUAUCCUUCUGGUAUAGUUAAUUUGGAAAAUAUAUUUGAAUACUUUAAUACAGUUGUCAUUCAUCAACAACGUAGAACCUACUCCUACACCAUAAAACAUCGCUCGUCAGGGCAGUUGGUCGUUGGGCAUAGGUAACACAUGUCCCAGCUAUCUCAACCGAUUAAGUUUCACUACUUCAUCAAUUGAUUUGCCAUCCUUACCUAGUACCCGUUUCCUAACAACUGAGUUACUUACUCGAUGGUCCCAUGAUAUACAAGCAAUGUUUCGAAGACACCUAUGGUCGAAUACUAGUAACCUACGAAUAUCCUCUACUCUUACCGGUCAUGUUUCACUGCUAUAAAGUAGGACGGAACGAACUGCUGCACAGUAAACCCGUCCUUUGGUUAUUCGAGCCUUCUGUAUCCGUGCUGAGAUUUCGUCAAACACCAAACCACAAGGGCUGAUGAGACUCCCAAGAUAAGUGGAGAGGUCGACACGCUCAACUACUUCACUCCCUAUCAUUAGUUCAGGUGUCGAUGCAACCCGAUCCUGAAGUAAAAUUUUGCAUUUCGAGGAGGAGAAUCGCAUCCCGAACAUGCUUACAUUGUUGCUUAGAGUGGUCAUAAGACUCUGCAUUUUGUCAGCGUCUUCACCAAAUAAAACUAUGUCAUCAGCAUAUUCUAAGCCAACAAGUGAACCUCCUGGUAGAAGUUCAACCCCUGGAAAUCUAGACGAGGAAAGUGUUAUCUCUAAAAGUACGUCGACGACAAAGUUGAACAAGAAUGGAGAGAGUGGAUAGCCCUGACGAACACCACUUGAGGUAAUCAAUUCUGAUGACAGUUCGCCAUAAGCUCUCACUCUACCAGUUGUGUUUGAGUAGAUAGCCUUUAUAAGGUUAGUGUACUUCUUUGGUACUUUUUUCAGUGACAAACACUGCCAUAGAACCUCAUGAUCAACAGAGUCGAAUGCCGCCUUAAGGUCGAGAAAUGCUACGAUUGUUGGACGUCUGAAUGUGUGUCUAUGUUCUAGGACCUGACGUAGUGUGAAUAUCUGGUCUAUACAGCCACGUACAGGUCGGAAACCAACAUGGUUUUCUCUAGUCUGUUCUUCACAAGCUUUAGUUAAGCGUCGAAUUAUUAUUGAAGCUAUAUUAGUCCAACUAAUUCCUCUGCGAUUGUCACAAGAGUUGACUCGAAUAGUAGUUACAUAAACCACUGGAUUAACUAUCCAUAAUUCUCAAUGUUAUUUGCCCCAAAAAUAAUUAUAGUAGUCACUGAUUUUUCAUCAGUCAGUUACAACGUAAGACCAGGCACAUAUGUGCAGCAGUAAUUUUUCAUAGUUGCUGAGGUUUUUUCUGAACUGGUUUGUUCAGCGAUAAAAACACGAGUGUUAAGUUCUAUAAAAAAAGUCAGCCGUCUUUUGGGCAAACUCGUUCUCAAGGUUGUACAUACACUAAAUAUUCACUUUUCCCAUAACGAUAAUCAAUAUACUUGUUUAAAAUAAGCGUUAAAAAGUUGUUUUAUUGAGCAUAUUAACGAAAUCACAAAAAAAUGUUUUUUUUCUCAAUUAAGAAACUGGAGGUAUGGUUUUCAAGACCUUAAAUAUUCAUCAAGAAUAUCAUAGGCGUUAAAUAAAGAAUAAUAAUUAUGAGAAAGAGUUGGUUAACAUGAUUAAAAAUGUUGAGAUUAAAACAAAGUGUAAUCAGAGUGAGUUUGGAAAGAAAAGAUAUUGGUUAGGAUUAAAACGUCACCAGAGAAGAAAAGAAUGAAAGGUUAGGGGUCUUGGAAAACUACAUUUUAAGACUAUAAUAGAAUGAGAAAAAUUAAGUAAUUGCUUUUCGUAUACACAGUUCUGGUUUCUGUAAAUGUAUUACAGCAAAGACUACAAUAAUGCUAACUAACUAACAGCUCACUAUCUUUUGAUAAUGUACUGAUUAUUUAUCGUUGAAUGGGCAUUUUCUAAUCGAAACUAAUCCACCAAUCACUGUCUUUUUUCAAAUGUAUGUUCACUCUGUGAUUCGUUGAAUGGUUCAUAUUUAUUUAUAAUAGAUUAUCUUUCCCUUUUGCUUUUAUCCAUCAUUGGUAAAGUCAGAUAAUUUAAUGACUGUUAUUAGUGUAAGAGAUUCGUGGAGAUUGUAGAGUUCUCAAAGUUUGAAUCUCUUACCCACAAACUUGCAUCCGGUAAUCAAACCCGGGACUUUCGGUAUCACGCAUGAACGCCUUACCUUUAAAUCACUUAGUGGAUUGUAGGUCCAAAUGGAAAUUCUAAAAUGAGCUUUCUGUGCGUCGUGAAUUUUAAGUAUUCUGUAGCCAAAAUACUUCGUUAAAACUAUCUUUCCCUAACAGUUUUAUUACAUAUAUACCGUAAUCAUAGGGAUAAAUUAAAUCAAAUUCGCUGUAUUACAGUAAUCAUAAGAUUUAUAUAUAUUCGUGUUUCUUAUAAACGCUUAAGUGUCAUUUCAAAUUAUUUUUAAACCUACAGAGACGAGGCCUACAUCAAGUAAUGUUUCAGUAAUCCCUAAAAUAUUUUAUUAGGUGCCAAAAAUCUUCUAAUGGGCAAAAAAUCAUGUUUUCUUUAAAAUUGAGUAUUUCGUUUAAAUAAAUUACCUCUCACAUGAAUGUUAGUAUAUAUGGCAAAAGAAAUACACAUUUGCUUUAGGAUUUAACUGGUUUUGUAAUCUGUUCAAAUCGACAUACUAAACCAUAAUUUUCAUUAUGUGUACUGGUUAAUUUGACUUGCUUUUAAACAAGGUUUUUUAGGAGUAGCGCUUUGAUCCUGGUUUUUGGUUUAUGUACUAUUGACUCAGUGAUUUAAUUUGAAACCACUUUUAUCAGAGAUUACUAGUAUUCGAUCAUGAAUCCCUUCGAGACACUUCUCACUUAUAUUGGAAUAAUAGGAUUAGCAAUUCUGAGGUUAGACUCAGAGUACUAGGUAAGAAUUGCAGAUCGACUGAUGAGGCAGCUAAUAUUUGUCAAUGAAGAUGAUUAGGACAUGUAUUACGUAUGCUCAUUUAACAGCUACCCAAACGCGCGUCGACAGUUGGUGUAAAAGGUUGGAAUAAAGUUUGGUGCGACCAAAAAAAGACAUGUCAUUAGUUCAUGAAGACACUGUUAGAUUGAGUUAUGAGGGUAGGUGCAUACCACUUGGUUGGGGUCCGCGUUAUUAUCGUGAUCAUUAGUUGGAGAUCAGGUAGUAUAGCUCAAAAUCAUUUACAGUAGAACAGGUUUUUUCAUUCUUUGUAUCCCUCUAGAUCCCAUGCUUCUAAAUUCACUGAUUUACAUUUCCUCGAAAUGUAUUUUCAGAGCCUAAUCGCUUCAAUCACCACACAUACUGUUGCUACUUCUGCUAUUCUGGGAUUUGCCCCAACAAGUUCAUUGCUAAUGGAAUAGCGCAUUCGCCUAUGUACACAUACCAGGUUCUACGUUGCAUAUGGCUGGUCGACUACAUUAAGGUACUAUAAUUCCGUGUUCACAGCAGAUAUGAAACCCAAUAAUUUUAGUCAAGUUAUUUGCGACUUCAUCCACACGAUAAUUUGUUACGUAAUAAUUAGGGCGUAUAACAGUUCUAGUCGCUAAACAUUUAUAUUAAACACAUCAUGGGGUUGGCCCAUUUUAUGUUUAAAAUAUAUUUUCAAUAAAUCAGUCCCUUUUAUUUCCUUAUUUCUUCCCUCCAAAAGUUUUUUUUUAAAUUUGCAUGUAUGUAUCCACCUAUUUUGUUUAAGCUUCAAACAAUAAAAUUAGAACUGAAUGGUGAAAUUUACUUGAUUUAAAUCACAAAUUGGGAACUUUGAGGCAACUGUUGAAAAGCUUUUCUAAACCGUAUAUAAAAUUUUACAUGAAGAAUCUGGUCUGAUAUGUUAGCAAAAUGUUACUGCACUGUUUGAAAUCGUGAUAGAAUUGUAAAUCCUUCCCAACUACUCCUUGUCUCGUUCCUGAUACAGAUAUACAUAUUUUUGGUACACUAAUAAAUAACACCAGCAAGACAGUCAUAUGCUACUCUAAAAGUUGGAUAUUCAGCACCAUGGUAGAAAUAGUUUUGAAUGUAAAAUUUUGCUCUUUUUUAACUAAAGAUAUUCAAUGAAUAUUUCAGUUGUCGGCAACACUGUAUGAGUAAUGUUGUUAAUGUCGCUGUACGCUUGCAUAUAGUGGAAAUCAUUCAGUAAAUAAUGCCGUUUUGAACAAGUUCUAUUCACGUCACCUUCGUAGCUUUCAUACUAACCACUGUUUACUGACACCGACUUUGUAAAGACUGAAUGGUUUACGAAUGAAUGUUCAUUAUUAUAGGUUAACAUCUGUUAACAGGUAACUCUUAGAAUGCUGACGUAGACGUUAUGCGUAACGGUGAAUUCGAAUAUUUUAGAACAGAAACUAAUGACUAAUAUGAUGUCAUGUUCUUCAUAAAUACAAUGUGUCUGGGUUACUUUCUUAUGUGGAUUGGAUUCUAUGCUUAUCACACACCUUUGCGAUUUAGUUCUGUGUGACAUGUUUCUUGGUAUUGUAUUUUACCAAAUAUUGUUGGGUUAUAAGUAUAAUAAUAACUUUUGUUGUGUCGACUUUCAUACAAAUUUCUGUUUUCGCGAGUUGCUUAUUAAUACGUCCGAACACAGUUCGAUCACAAUUCAAAAAGUUUGUAGUAAAAUAUUAUCUUUUAAAGGAUAAUUUCAUGUCAUUUGUCUUUUUUACGAGAGUGAUUUAAUAAUUAAGUAAUUCUUUUCUCGUUUUACUCAAGAUGUCUGCUCAAGAUGCUGGAAUCGUAGAUGAAAGCGAAGCCACCGAUCCAAACAGAACAGGAGGGAAUUUACCAGAAGAAGAUAGGACUAACGAACAUGAAAGUGAAGAGGUGAAUGGAAAUUCUAGUGUCGUUGAUAAUCAUGAUAUGGAUUUACCCAAAAUACCAACUAACAUUUUCCACAAUUCAAUUGAUUACCAAUUGAGUGAUAAUAGUUUCGAUUUGUCAAGACCAGCUAAAAUAUUACGGCUUAAUGAUAGUGCUGAUGAUGACAAUACUCUUAUUGUAUAUCCAUUGCAAAUCAAUGGUAUUUCUUCUGUUCAUAGUUCUCAUGAAAAUAUCUCUGGGUUAUGUAAUCCCUUUCCAGCUAUUCAAAUAUCUAAUACACCUGUAUUUGAAGCACAAAACAAAUCAACUAUUACUCUUAGUGGGUCUAGCCGUCGUAAGCCUAAUAAAAUGCACUUAGUACAGCUAAGACCAGAUUAUUAUUCAGAGUCGAAUUUCCAGUCGAUUCAUUCAAUUAAUCCUCUGGUAGACAAUUCUACAGUUUCCUUAUCAAAUCAACAGUCUAAUGACACAAAUUCAAUGCAUUCUCAAAUAACAAAUACUGAUAAUAAUAGUAUUGUCGGAACAGACUGUGAUCACCUUACUAAAAUCAAUCAUCCACCUGUUAAUUCGGUACACAAUCGUAUAGGUGUAUAAAUAAUUUUUCAUAUUCAUAUCUAUCACAAUGAUAUAUAAUGUUUCAACUCUGGCAGUAGUAUUUUGUUUUUUGCGUACUAUGUUUGUGUGAAAAUGUUAAAAUUUCUUCCUCAGACAUAUAUAUGCAUAUGUACAUAAUUUACUUAUUUUGUUGAAUAGAUAUGUCUGCUUGUUUGUAUUUUUGGAUAUCAUUAUGUUUCAUUGCAAUUUUCUUGACGUUUUUCUAAAUUAUUUUUGUGUAUUUGCUGUUUGCGCAUUAUAAUGUUUUCCACUAAUGUAAUUACAUGUGGUUUUUUUUCUCUUAUGUCCUUUUACACAUUUACUUUCUCUUAUUCUCUCAUGUGUUGUGUUUAACUCCGGUUGAACCUUUUCUUCAUGCAUAUUCUUUUGUUUAUAUCAGUAUGAAUGUAGGUUUACGUGGUUUGUUAACCUACAGUGCAGCUGUAGUAACUAAUUCAGGUGUACUGUUCCUUAGAACAACUACCUCGAUGUGGUAUUCGCUACUCUCUUUUUCUUUCCCAUACAUUAUGUAUUUUCUAUUGAUAUGUAGUUGAUCAUUCAAACUUGUUUUACGGCUAAUGAUAAAGAAAAUAGUUGGAGCGCAUUUAAUCUUUUAACCAGUGGCUUAUGCUGUGAACUCACUAAUUUCUCAUACAAAUUCUGUUUGGUAACUUUCUCUAAAUAAAUAUUUCUCAACAAUUAAGUUGAAUAAUACUAUUGUGUGUGUUCCUUCUCCGGGAUAUUCUUUCCCUCAAACUUGUUUAUGUUAUGUAACAGCAUUUUUUUCUCAAUGUAAUAUUUAUCCCAUAUAUUUAUUAUUUGUUUAUGUAUAAUGUAGUUGAUAUUUAAUGACAUUCUAUUGCUGAUUUUGUUCUUGUUUUAAAGUCUAGUCGUUGAGAUGUUAAAAAGCGAUCAAUACACUAUAAGAAAUAUAUUAUAAAAUGAAAUGUUAUUUUUGUCUGUCUCUUGUUUGACUGUUCAAUUAAGUGUUUCGAUCUACUACAGCUUGUUUUAUUUCAGAGAGAUAUUCAAACCAUUUUUCCUUUUGUAAACCAGUUUAUCUAUUUGUUCCAUUCAAUAUUCAGUUGUAUAAUAAAUAAUAGUUAAUGCUUUAUUCAUAUUAUUUCUCUUGAUCUCUACCAUUUUGUUCUGUUUUUAAUUAUUGAAUUUGUUACAUUCAACAUUGGAAUUUGUACAUUCUGCACAAAAUAACUAUAGUUAACGUUAUUGUAUGCAUGUAUACACCAUUUGCAAUACUGCUGAUGAUAAUAAAACAACAUCUACUAAUGAUGAUAACCUUGUGCACAUUUAUUAUAAUUCCGUUUCGUAACAAAUUUAUUAUUUAGUAAUAAAUUUUUGAUUGAUUUAUUUAUAUUCUGUUUUUUUGGUUGUGUUUUGUUUUCUAAAUGUUUCGUUGCAUUUUUCAACUGUUUAUACUUUCCAUGUAUGUAUGAAUCAGAGGUGGUGGUAGUAUAUUGCUACUGUCUUAUUUUGAGCUCAGUCACUUUUGUUAAAAUGUAUUACUUUGUUUGUUUGCUUCUUUUUUCUGAUCAGUUGUUAAUUUGCCCCAUUUUUGUUGUUGAUAGCUAUUAGGUUUUCCUUUCCAUGUUCUGCUUUUACGUAUUAUACUUAAAUACAGUUAUACGCAUAUAUAUAUAUAUAUAUAUAUAUAUAUAUAUAUAUAAUUAUAUAUGCUAUUUACAAAAAUGUUUACACUUCAAUACAUGUAUACAAAUAAUGGGAUAUAUAUCUGUAAUUUCGUAACUGAUUAUAUACAUAUAUAUGAUCUUUUUAUCCAAACUGCUGAAAAAUAUAUUAGUACAAUUUUCAAAAGUUCAUGAUUUAUAAAUAUUGCUUUUGCUCGGUUUUCCGUCUUAAGAGGGACUUGUACAUGUUAGAUAAUGAAAUGAGACUAAUAGAUAUUGUUAGCUUCAAUGAUAUGUGAAAUCGCAUAUUUUCACAAUACAUUCUUCGAAAUGUAAAAAUUUGGUUAUCUAAUAGCUAGUAGUUAUUCAUUUAGAAAUCUCUAUCUCUGGUACUGAUUAAUUUAUCGGCGGAAUUCGCGUUGGAUACAAAGUUCUACUUACAAAAAAUAGAUUCUUGUUUGAAAUGCUUAUUUUGUUUCUUGACAUUUUGGUCAAAAAUUGUGUCUAAAACACGAUAUUUAGAGAUAUCAUUUCAUCAGAAAAAAUGUUCUUAGGUACUGUUUUCGAUGAACGACGUUGAG